AUCGGUGCAGCUCAGACGCGGCGCGUGAGUAACGCAUCGAUCGCCACGCAACUAAUGUCGCCCCGCCUUUACGAUACGUAUCUAAAAUGAUUGACAAUCUGAAUUGAUUAUAACUUAUAAAAUGCACCUAUUAUAUUACAAUAAGUGUUGGCUUCCACUUGCCGUAUAAUUUAGGAAUAAACGUUCUAAAUUUCGGCUCCAGAACCGAGACAAUUUUUCAACAUCGCAUUGAAUUUCAAAUAUGUCCUUAUAAACGCUGUUGUUUUUAUAUUUGUGGACUAUUUCAAGUUGUAUCUCACUGGAGUUGGUUUGUGAACUGUGGAAGGUGCAACAAUUACAACUAUGAGAAGUCCGGACAUCGUCACGACAAGGCUAGCAGCGCUGAUUAUACUUCACGCAGCUAGAGCUGGAUUCGCAGCUCCAAGUGUUCUCGUCACCAGACCAGUCAGCAGGCUUUCCGAAGAAUGGCUGCCAAUGGAUAACCAGACCUUGUACACAUUGGAAGAAGGAGAAAGUCGAAAUCUCGAACUAAACACGUCUUCAAUAUCCCAAACAGUUGUUUACAUUACUGUCAGCCCUUGCUCGCGACACCUGCAUUGGGCGUUCUAUAAAGGACCCGCUGGGAGUGACAAACAACUUCAAUUAAUACAAGAGCACGGAGGCGGAGAGAUGCACACGAUAACCUUUCAAAUAUUCAAACAAGAGAGAUACGUAUUACAGCUUUCCUCACCGAAAGGUGGAGCGGCAGCGAUCAGCGUGCGGGGUGAGGCGACAAGGCACGUGCGGAUCCGCCUGCGCACUAGAUCCAAACGACGCUUAUCCGCCAACUGGGAUCCCAGUCCAAUAGACCCUCAAUCUACAACCUAUUGCGUGGUCGCAUCUCGGAGAAAGAACUACACAUCACUUUGCGCAGCUCAAUACGACCUCCGGAAUACAAAAACAGAAAAAGAUACAUCCUCUGAUCAGUCGCUGGAAAACCAUAAACCUAACCGUUCACAGAACAGCGGUUCGGAAGAGAAUAAAAUUGAUAUAGAUAAAGACAGCAUAAGUAUUUUUGAUGGAAAUUAUAGGACUUUGUAUAGAAGAAAAAAGUUUGGUCGUAGCACAAGAGUAUCAAACGAAGACCCACUGGUUGUUUGUAUAGGAGACAGAACACAUCACUUUAUUGAAAAUUUAGAUCCUGGCACAACCUAUUUCGUCAGUAUUUUCGGCAUUGCAAGAGAUAGACAAAUUGGGUCCUUAUUAGCAUCUGGAAGCGUUCGACCCAGGACGUCCACUGCUAAAAGACUAAGGGAAAAUGUUCCUUACAAGGCUGACAUAAAGGGAAAAAAUGUUUAUUACUUGAAGACAACGACCAGUAGUACUUCAACAAACGCUGGUCUUUGGAUUGCGACGUCCACUUGCGGAGGUUCAGUUGACAUCGAAGUUUAUGUAAAAGGAAAGCGAUUGUACGUGGCCAAAAAUAUAGAAAAUCAUUCAAAGUUUUUCGUGCCAUCACCAAUACUUUCGUCGACACAAGAAACAAGUGACGAGGGUUCUGUGCAGUUCGAUUCGAGCUCAGAGGAAUCAAAAAUAAGAUACAUUGUACGAGUUGUGCCUAACAAAUGGGCUAUUGAUGGUGCCGUAACAAUAGAGUUACUGGCCUCAACAUCAAGAUGGGGCAUGGAUACGCCAGAACUUACCGACGGCGGAGUGAUAAGGGAACUCCGGCCGAGGAGGUCUUGUAAAUCCGUAGACAUUGCCUUUUUACCAGCCACCCAUAACGCGACUGAUGUGAUUAGAUAUUGCAUUUCAACAAAAGAAAUAGUCGACAAGGACAUAACAAUCUGUGCGUUAACUAAAAAAUCAUCAACAAAAACACAAUGCAUAAGUCACAUGCAACGUCCUCAGUCAAGAGUAAUAGUCCAGAAAGUGAGUGGCUUAAAACCGGGAAGAAAAUACGGAAUUCAAGUAACUGCCGCCUCCAAAGGGAUCUCAGUGCCAUACAAUGUCCUGUAUGUGGAAACUAAUGCAACUUGCAAAGAAGAAUAGUAACGAAGUAAUCAGUAUUAGUGAUUAAAAAAAUAUGUAUCAUAUAUUUCUAUUAAUUAAAAAUUAUGUGUACAUAAAAUUUCAGGCGUUAAAAUUAUAACAGAACUAUUUAUUUUCGUAAUUGAUUAUGUAGAUGUAAAAUUAAUUACGAGUGAUUUGUUAUAAGCAAAACUACUUAUUAAUAGGAGGCAUUUGUGUAUUUAUAAAGAUAAUUUUAUAAUUUAGAGCUCUUUCACAUGAGCGGAAAAUUGCUAUUCAGAUGUUCCACUGUGAGAGAGGUCUAAGGUUUUGAUAGGCUUUAAUAUUAAUUUUAAAGAUAUUUCAGGCAUUUAGUUGAACAGAGUAUAAGUUCCUACUAUUUUUACAGAGAGUGUAUUAAUUAAUAGUAAGAGUAAGUGAGUUUUUGUCUAUAUUUUACGAAACUUAAUAAAUGAAGAGU